AUGAGUGGUGCAAGGGCUGAUGAAAUUAUUGAGACUCUCCCUUUUGAUGGGUAUGCGGUGGCGGAUACAAUUGGGUUUGCAGGAGGAAUCUGGAUGCUCUGGCGAUCAGAUUUGGUUCAAGUUGAUGUCCUGGCAGCUACUGAACAGGAGAUUCAUGCAUUGAUUCGGGCCCUCAUGGGUGAUUUUAAUGAAGUUCUAUCUGCUGAUGAGAAGUAUGGGGGGAAUCCUAUUUUCCAAAGAAGGGUUAGAGCUAUUAAGGAAUGUAUGGAUGAUUACAGUAUGAUGGAUCUUGGGUUUUCAGGUCCAAAGCCAUUUAGAUUUCAGACUAUUUGGCUGAGUUAUAGUGAAUUUCCGGUUGUUGUGAGGGAUGCUUGGGCUAGUAGGGAGGGCAAUCUAGCUGAGGCAAUUUCUAACUUCAAGACCAAAGCUCAAAGAUGGAACAAAGAAGUCUUUGGAAAUGUUUUCUUAAGAAAGAAGAAGAAUUUGGCUAGGCUGCUGGGUGCGCAAAGAGCUUUAGCUGUCUGCCCAAAUAGUUUUUUGAUCAAUCUCCAAAAGCAGCUGAUUGAGGAGUAUAAUUUAAUCCUCCAAAUUGAAGAAGAGUUGUGGGCUAUGAAAUCCAGAACUAAUUGGAUUAUUUCAGGGGAGAGAAACACAUCUUAUUUUCAUAUCUCUGCGCUCAAUAGGAGAAGUAAGAAUAGAAUCACUUGUGUUCAAAAUAAUGAGGGCGAAUGGUGCCACAGUUUAGAGGAAGUUAAAGAGAUUUUUAACUCAAGCUUCAAGAAGCUGUAUAAGUCAGAGCAAGUUUUUUGUCCUGUUACCCCUCAAUGGAGAUCAAAUUGGUGUGCUAAGCUUAGUCAAGAGGAAGCUGGUAGCAUGACCAAUAUUCCAUCGGAUGGGGAAAUUUGGAAUGCUCUCAAAUCAAUGAAGCCUUACAAAGCUCCAAGUGUUGAUGGGCUCCAUGUUGGAUUUUUCCAAAGAUUUUGGCUAGUGGUGGGUGAUUCGGUGAAGAGGGAGAUCAAGGAGGUGUUUCUAAGGCAAAAGGUUCUUAAGUUUCUUAAUCAAACCCUUGUUGCCCUAAUCCCUAAGCAGCCCGGUCCUGAAACUGUCAGUCAGUAUAGACCCAUAAGUUUAUGCAACACGAUCUACAAGAUUAUUUCAAAAAUUAUUGUUUUGAGGCUAUGCCCUUUGUUGCCAUCUUUAAUUUCCCCAAUGCAGACAACUUUCCUUGAAGGGAGAAGGGGCACAGAUAAUGUCAUAAUUGCCCAAGAAUUAAUUUACUCCCUUAGGAAAAGGAAGGGGAGGAUGGGGUUUAUGGUUAUAAAAAUUGACCUUGAAAAGGCAUACGAUCGCUUAGAGUGGUCAUUUAUCAAAAUGGUGCUUCAGCAUUUUGGGUUUCUGGAGAGUAUGAUAAAGUUGAUCAUGAGCUGCGUGUCUACUACUACUACCACAGCUCUAUUGUUCAAUGGAAACAGAAAAAAUUGUGAAGCUAUUAUUGAAGUGUUGGAUAAUUUCUGCAACCUUGCUGGACAGAAAGUUAAUCUUACCAAAUCGAAGAUUCUGUUUUCUCCUAAUGUAUCUUGCAGGAGGAGGAGAGGCAUUUGUAGAAGGCUGGGGAUUGCUAAAACUACCAACUUAGGUAAAUACCUUGGUUUUCCCAUCAUUCACCAAGGUAGAGUGGGUAAUGUGUAUAACUUUGUGGUUAAUAAAAUACAAAGUAAGCAGGCUGGUUGGAGAUCAAAAUUACUGUCGAAUGUUGGUAGAUUGGUGCUUGUUAAAGCAACUGCGGCUCCUGUAGCAGAGUAUUAUAUGCAAUGCCAAUCUCUUCCUGCUAAGGUUUGUGAUCAAGUUGAUAAGCUAAUAAGGUAUUUUUUAUGGGGUUCAACUGAAGAAAAAAGGAGGUUGCAUUUGGUUGGAUGGGACAAGGUGACACUUCCUAAAGAGCUUGGUGGUUUGGGGUUGCAUAAGAUGAAGGACAGAAAUAUUGCUUUGUUAGCUAAGCUUUGUUGGAGGCUAGCCUAUGAAAAGGAGGCUCCUUGGGCAAAAAUGAUUGUAGCCAAAUACCUUUCCCCCAGUAGAAUGAUUGAAGAAGGAAAAAAGCUCCCUUGCUCUAGUUGUUGGGCGGCUUGUAAGAAGGGUGGCCCAGUUUAUGUUAAGGGGCUAAAAUGGUCUGUGAAGAAUGGAGAGACGGUGAAGGUUUGGACUGAUUUUUGGCUUCCAAUGGGCGCUUUGAGAUCUCUUAUUGAAGGGCCUUUGAACCGUGAUGAAGAUUUUAUUACUGUGAAGCAAUGUUUUGAUCAUAAUUAUGAAUGGCAAUCUCACUGCCUAUCCUUUGAAUUGCCUGAUCAUAUCCUCAAUGCCAUUAAAGCAACUCCAUUGUCUUGUAAUCAGGAGGCAAAGGAUUCUCUCCAAUGGGCAUUCUCCAAGAAUGGAUUCUUCUCCUUGAAAUCUGCUUAUCUAUUGGCAAGGGGUUUAAAUCCUUUGAACCUUGAUACUGUUUUGGUGGCUUGGGUGUGGAAGGUUGAAGCAUUUCCUAAGAUUCAAUUUUUCCUUUGGCUUUGUCUUCAUAACAGUGUGCCUACUAGGGAAGUUUUGGAUUCAAGGGGUUUAAGUCUUGAUCCCAUAUGCAGUUUAUGUCAUCAAAGCAUUGAAACAAUUGACCAUCUUUUAAGGGGCUGUGAGUAUGCUCGGGAUUUUUGGCAACAACUUCAAUUCUUGAAUUGCAUGAGGGAAACCUUCAACUUACCAAUUAGUGAAUGGCUUGAAGCCAGUUGGAAGGUGGAUCGGUCAUGCUUUAAGAAAAGCAUUAAAGAUAGUGUUGAAUUUUUCUCUAUUGGGUUGCAUGCUAAGCUGCCUAAAGCUAAAUCUGUUAUUGCAGUGGGUUGGGAGAAGCCUCCAAUGGGGUGGGCGAAGCUUAAUUCAGAUAGGUCUGCUUUUGGUAAUACUGGACGUGCAGGUGGAGGCAGUGUUAUCAGGGACCAUGAUGGGCAUUGGUUGAAAGGCUAUGCAAGGCCUCUUGGGUGCACUAACAGUUGUAUGGCAGAGCUGUGGGCCCUAAGAGAUGGCCUUCUAAUAGCUAAGGAGAUGGGGAUAAAUAAUCUCAUCAUUGAGUUGGAUGCCUUAAGUGUUGUUUUGCUUAUGAACAAUAAUACUGCCAACUUGUUAAUGAAGCCGUUGCUUACUGAUUGUAAGAACCUGGUGAGAGAGAUUUCCAACAAGCAGAUAGUUCACAUCUAUAGGGAGGCCAACCAAUGUGCUGAUGCGUUGGCCAAGCUUGGUGCUAGUAGCUUAGACUCUUUUGUUAUCUUUUUAUACCCGCCACCUAUGGUGGAAAAUAUUUUAGCUUUUGAUAAAGCUUGUUUACGUUGUAAUAGACUUAUUAUUUCCUAA